UGCUGUGGCAACGUAAAAUACAUUUUAAGAUGCAGUUGACACAUAAUUUUCACAAACAAAGAAAGAGGUCUGAAAUAUAAAGAAGCAUAUUCAACCUGGACAUCCACACUGAUCGAAUUUGACAACUGAAUACCUGAGUAUUAAAGAGGUCCCUGUGCUCCAAAGACAGUCCAAGAUAGAAAAUAUACUCAUGUCUAAUGGCCAGGAAGAUAUCUCUACUGAAAUGUCUCCUUGUGGUGGGAAUGCUGUACCUCAUUACUCUGACAAUGAUGCUGUUUUGGUGCAGCCCCACUACCCUUCUACCUACCAAAAUAGAUGACGAACAUCACAGUGUUUUAGAGAGACUUAUCGUGCCAAAUCUGACAGAUGUUGUUGAUUAUCUAAUAAAAAAUCAGUCAUUAGUUUUAGAGAGUUAUCUAUUAAAGAACAAGGAAAAUAUAUCACUGGAAAAAAAUGAUAAUCAAAACUGGGGGCCACACAAACUUGCCAUCAUAGUGCCUUUCAGGGAAAGAUUUGAAGAGUUGAUGGAAUUUGCUCCAUAUUUACACCAGUAUUUAUUAAAACAACAUGUGAGGCAUGAAAUCUAUGUCAUCAAUCAAAUCGAUACAUUAAGGUUUAAUCGUGGCUCGCUAAUCAAUAUAGGGGCAUUGGAGAGUAGCCUCGAUUGUGAUUACAUAGCUAUGCAUGAUGUGGACCUUCUGCCGGUCAGUGAGGAACUGGACUACUCUUUCCCCGGUAAUGGCCCUUACCACAUCGCGUCACCGGAGUUACAUCCCCUGUAUCAUUACCCAACAUUUAUUGGCGGUAUCCUGCUCAUCACCAAAAAACAUUUUUCUCAGGUAAAUGGUAUGUCAAAUCGAUAUUAUGGCUGGGGACGGGAGGACGAUGAAUUUUAUGUGAGGUUAAAGAAGGGUGGACUAUUGGUGACGAAGUCAAAAAUUGUAAAUGGCACAGCAGAAAACUACCUUGAGAUUCGCAGACCAAAAAACAUUUCAACUGGCAGGAAAACCUUUCGUCACAUCCACGAUAGAGUGAAGAGAGUACGAGAUAGUGCAAACCUAUUUAACCAAAAAGAGCAAACCAAUAGAAUGGAUCGAGAAACAGGUGUGCACACAGUCAAAUAUGAGGUCAAGGCUCGUAACUCCCUCUCCAUUAACAGAGCACCUGUCACGUUGUUGGAGGUCAAACUAUCAUGUGACUUCCUCAGGACCCCCUGGUGCCUGAAAAAAGAGGAUCACCACUUACUGGACACUGUUGUGACACCACCUAAAUCCGGCAUGAAGCGACAAGGAUAAUUCAUGAAUCUCAACUGAUCAAUGAUUUGUCUGUACAUUUUUUUUAAAUUAUGAACAAGGGCUCAAAAAGAAGGGUAAAAGAGAGAUUCUUUAUUUAAAGGAACAAAACAUUAAAGAUGCACUCUUACUCCCAAAUGAGCAGUACCAAUAUUAAUACAAUUGUUUUAAUUUACCGAAACCGAUGAAUAAAUAUCCGAAACAAUGGUUCUUAUAAAGGAUACCGUGUUUAAUUUGAAAGAAAGGUGCAGAAAACAUAGUAUUACUACUUGAUAAGACGAUAGUUGAUCACUGUUAAUCUUUUAGGACCUGCCAGUCAUGUAAUAUUUGUGCAAUUUCAGCUGUUAAAUACACGGUUACAAUCUUGUUGCCAGUAAUAAAUAUUUUCCAUAGAUGCAAUAUUUAGUAAAUAUGAGUCUCGCUUAGUAGUCAAAUGAUAUAAAUAUAAUAAUGCAUUAUAAUUGAUUAGGGUUUUUUUGUGCGUCUAUCUAUAUUUUGUACCUAUCUAGUCACAUAGAACCUUCCAGAUUUAUAAACAGUAUAUUGUUUUUGCAGUUCUACAAAAUUUGAUUUUAAGCAAAGCUGAGCUAGGAAAAGUAACUUCAGCUGAAUAGCUUUUCUAAAGUGUGCAUUUUAUGAAGAUGAUAGUGGUCUAGUGGUUUAGGUGUCUGCCUGUGAUCUCAGCUGAGAGGUUGUGGGAUUGAUCCCAACCAAAGAUAGUUUCUCAUGGCCUAUGGAAAAUGACACUAGGCCCAAAUAUCAAAAAAUACUUAAGUCAAAUCUCAAUUUCAGUCUCAACUCAAUUUACCCCAUAGCAACAAAAGUUAUUAAAAAUCAUAUAUGUUUUUACACCUUUUAAAUGCACAUUCUAUCAAAGAAUGUGUUGAUUAAUGCCUUAAAAUGGUCAAGAUUCUAAGAGAAAAAUAUUCUACAGCCAAAAAUGUGUUCGAGUACAGUUCACUGUUUUUGUAACAAUUACUUAAGUAUAUAUUUUGCUCUUGAAUAAGUUUUCUCUAAAAUAUUGACAAAUCUUUUUAUCAUCAAAUUCUGUGAGAAAAUAUUUUUUCAAUAAGUAUAAAAACAUGCAAGAUUUUGAAUCAAUCUAUGUUUUCAUGUGGUAAAUUGAACUGAGAUUGAGAAUUGACUUGAGUAUUUUUGUGAUAUUGGGGCCUGUACUGGUUUCUACCCAGGAAACAGACUCAAAAUGGAUUCAUAAUGUCUCCACAUUUGACCUUGAUAUUAAUUGGUUUACCGAUAAGCUAACUAAAAUGGCAUUGUAGUAACAGUUGUGGGUAAGUCUGGCAGGGGUUGUAAAACAUAAGCUCAGGAAUAAUCCUGAAAAUCAGGAUUGAGAGAAUUUAACUCUAGACUAUUGUAUAGUUUUUAAGAUUGCUUUUUUUUUUGCUCAGACAUUUGUAUCAAAAAUGGGAAGUACCACUGUACCUUGAAAUGAAUAUAAAUGACUUUGUUAACAAUUUCAAAAUGGGUCUAAGCCCCUGCCGUGGGCAUAAAUCCCUCAUACUCAAACAGACCUCAGGCUGUUUUUAGGAUUGGCAAUAAUCAGGUAUUAAAACCCCUGAUAUUGAUGUAUGCAUGUUAAUUAUGAAUAAGAGUUUAAAAAGGGUCAGAUCUAAAUAAGGUAUCUAAAUAAGGGUUUAAGCUCGGUUUUAAAAAGGGUAUCCAAUUCUAUGGAAGAAAAGGGCACAUUGUUUCCGGCUUAAGUUUGGUGAGUUUUCACAAUAUGAAUUUCACAGAAAAUGUUAAGAAUUGUGCUUAAAAUUUAGUAUUUUUAGGUUUGGACUGCCAAAUAUGUUAAGUUUGUUUGAAUUCAUAAUCCCAUCUCAAAACAAAAGAAACAUUAUUAUCUUAAGCAUUUAAGUGUAAGAAGGGUGCACAUGCUUGUCCAUAUUUUGGGUGGAAGGGUGCCACCAAAAACAUACAGGUCGUAGCAACCUUACAUUACUCACUAUCUAAAACUCUACAACAUGUUGACUAAACACACCCAACUCCGAUCUCCAAGCACACUGUCGAUGCAAGGGGGUCAUAUUGAAUGUAUACCAAAACAUGUUAUUUGAGCUUGAUAAGCAAAUGGACUUAACCCCAGAUGGUACAAUUGCAAAUUAAAAAUAAAAUUGUCAAAUACUUACGUAAAAUUGACAUCAUUGUAUACAACACAUUGAAUCUUACUUACAGAUGUAUCAUAACGCUUGCGACACAUGCAUAUUUCGCAGUUUUUGCGUAGUUUUCCAAUUCAAAAUUUACUAGCUUUGUCUGCCACGUAAAUCCAAGUAAAUUUAAAAUUAGCAUUGGUACAUUUACCUGUACUCAUACAAAUAUGAUUUAAACUGGAAAACAUAGAUGCCCUAUAUUAAACGGGGAAACACAGACGAAACAGCAACAUCGUUGUUGUGUUUAUUACUUUAGCCAUGUAAGGUGAUGCAUCCUCGGCCUCCUACUAAAACGCAUUGACAAUUCUAGGCUUGUUUUGAAGAAGUACGGUAUUUGCCGAUUUUUGGACCAUCUGGUGUCUAGCCCCUUUAAUGUGCUACUUUUUCUGAUACUUCUGUUUCUAUUUUUAGCAUUUAUGUCUACGAAUCUUAAAUGUGAUUUUUUAAUAAAAUGCUGACACGGAUAGCUAAAAAUGCGUGUAUAAAUUAUCUUCCAUUAUUUUUCACAUUGUGAGGGUUCGUUUAUUUGCAUCUAUUUUUUCUUUGUCACUUCCAUAUACAUGUUGAUAGUCUAAUCAUCUAGUAGUUCUUACAAAUGUUGGUGCUGGUUGCCAUUGUUUGGAAAGGUUCUUGCGUUGUCAAAUGAUAAGUGUUCUGUUUAAAACCACCCAUUAGUCAAAAAAAUGUUUUCAGUUGAAUUUCAUUGUCAUCCUCAAUUUGUAUUAUUAUUUUUGCUAUAGUGUCAAAAUAGAUUUUAGAUUUAGAUUGUGCAAUUAUUUAUUUUUAUGCAUUUGUUUUGAGAGUUUGUUUUGUUCAUUGUUUUGAGCAUUAAUUAUACUCUCGACAAACGAAAGUUUGAGGGGGUAUAUUGGAGUCACCCUGUGGUUGGACAGUCUGUUGGUCUGUUGCAUUUUUUCUUGAGCAGGGCAUAACUUUAAGACUACUGGAUGGAAUUUAUUAGACUUCAUACAAUAGUAAAGUAUUAAAAGUAAUGAGAGGAAGUGCAGUGUACCAGAUAAAUAACUCAGCUAAUUACAGAGUUAUUGCCCUUUGUUAUGGUAAAGCACAAUGAGAGGAAGUGCAGUGUACAAAAACCAUAACUUUAUUUCAGCUAAUUACAGAGUUAUUGCCCUUUGCUACCUUUUCUUGUCUGGAGCAUAUUUUGAAAACUUUUGGAUGGAAUUCAAAUAAGCUUCAUACAAUAGUAAAGCACAAUGAUAAGAAGUGUACAAAAACAAUAACUCUAUUUCAGCUAAUCAAGAGUUAUUGCCCUUUGCUACCUUUUUUGUCUGGAGCAUAACUUGAAAACUACUGGAUGGAAUUAAAUUUAACUUCAUACAAUGGUAACAUAAAAUGAGAGGAAGUGCAGUGUACAAGAACUAUAACUCUAUUUCAGCUAAUCAAAGAGUAAUUGCCCUUUGUUACUUUUUCUUGUUAGCAGCAUAACUUCUUAAUUACUUACUGGAUUUUAAUGAAACAACACACAUUGGUUAAGCAUGAUAAUUGAAUAUGCAGUGCACAAUAAUCUCAUACAUGCUAUAUAUGUAGCCCUGUAUCAAAGAAAUAGUUUGUCAUUCCUGUGUCCAGUCAGAAUUCAGGGGUAUUUGUCACUCCUGUGACAGCUUUUGUUUUUCACUACCUUAUGUUCUUUAAUUGUCUAGAAAAAGUUAGAUAUUCGAAAUGCAUGAAAUGCAUUCAUUGUUAUGAAAAUAUAUUGCUAGUUGUAGAAUGUCGAGCAUCUGCCAAAGCUGUUAGUGCAUAAUAAUAUAAACCGACAUUGUAUGUUUUGGCCAGUCUGUUUGUUUACAUUUACAAAUAUAGUAAUAAAUAACGGGUUACAUUUAGCCUUUUCAACAUUUCUUAUUAACUUACUUCCUGAUAUUGAAAAGUGUCGAUAAAAUAGGGAAUUUUGUUUUAACGUUUGUUCAUUUUACCUUGUGGAACAUAAACGUACAUUAGAAAUUUGACAGCCCUCAUUUCAAUGUUGAUAACACCACAAUUAUAAACAUUAAUUAGUAUACUUAACCCUCUUAAAUGGUGUAGUGGAUGCGGUCCCUACCCCAGGCCUAGCAUACCUGGGUUACAAUCCUGCCGUAGUCAUUGUCAUUGUUAAAAUGCUAUAUACUCAUGGGCAUUUUUACCUUAAUGUAUUUGUUAUUAAACUCUCAAACUGUAUAAAACCCUCUUAAAUGGUGCAGUGGUUAUGGUCCCCAACCGCAACCCAGAGCACCCGGGUUAGAAUCCCUUUGAAGGAGGCAUACUUCUAAUUUGGUAUAUAACCUAUCUUCCAUUGCACAGUGGAUGUGGUGCCCGAUCACAACCCCAGAGCACCCGGGUUAGAAUCCCACUGAAGGAGGCAUACUUUAAUUUUCUAAUCUUCCUUUUAAUCAUUAUAUUAAUAUAAUCAAUUUUAUUCAUCCCUUAUCAUGUCUUUUUCUCAAAUUGUUUAGAAAAGCUUUAUAUUUGAUAACUUAAAAACUGUAGUAAAUUGGACCUUAAUGCUGAUAACUUGUGAUAUUAUUAUUUUUUUCUAACAAAAACCUGUAGAGUUGUACAAUUACUGAUAGUGAUAGGUUUCAAAUAAAAUAUACACUGAUACUAUUUAAACUGUUAAUGGUGUUUUUAUGAUACAAACCAAUGGUAAAUUUAAAAAGAAAACGUAUGGCUUUAAUUAUGCUAUUGUGUAUGGAGAACAUUUGUAUGCCAUUUACUUUAAUGCAAAGCAAUUACAUGAAAUAAAACCCUAACCAA